UCGAUAGCGAAAACGUAUAAUCGGAGGAUCAGGUACUAAUAUGGUUGUCUUCUCGUUGCAAGGUUAAGUUUUUAGUGCGCGUCUUCAAUGUGAAUCUUCAGUAUUAUCGCUAAACUGUCUGACAAUAGUAAAUUAUUUGCACGGUUAUAUCGUUGACAUUCAAUUUCCGAUCGUUAAGGACUUAUUUCCCAGCUAGUCAUGGUGGAGGAGAUUCAAAAGAAAUUUCAGAAUGAAGUCGAUAAGUUACGACAGGAUCAAAAAGAUUAUAACAAGAUGCUAACCCAGAGGCAACAGUUGGAUGGACAAUUGAAUGAGAAUAUUGUUGUGAAGAAGGAAUUGGAUCUCCUAAAAGCGGACAAUGAAGUUUUUAAGCUGGUGGGACCUGUGCUCGUAAAACAGGAUCUCUGUGAAGCCAAACAGAAUGUUGACAAGCGUAUGGAUUACAUCAAGAGCGAAUUGAAACGCGUGGACGACAUCCUGGCCACUUUGGACAAAAAGAUAGAUAGCCACAGAGAAACGCUGGAAAAAUUGCAGCAGGCGUUCCAGCAGGCCCAAAUCAAAGCCUCGCUAAACCAACCGAAAUCAUAAUAUUGUGCAAAUGUCAGCUCUAUGGAAUUAUCAGUUUGUUACAUGAUUAAUAUUUAAUGAUAAACAACCCUAUUAAAUAACAGAAUGUUUCUCGCAUACGAGCGGCGCGUGUUCCUCAUUUCAUUUAUUUGUAUGGUGUUAUAGUCGUUAACACCACUUUUUGCUCUAAGUUGCAAGUUGAUCACUCGUGAGAUCCAUACAGGCUGCAAAUUAUGUAAGCGUUGCAGAACCUUUCGUCUUCAACUGAAACCAUGUGUCCUUGUACCAGCGAGUAGGUGAUAUUGAUUACUUCAUGUACGACAGAUGUCUGAAAUAAUUAUUUGCCUCUUUUGAUGUCGCAACAUUCAUGAGUUUUGUACAUUUUAAAUUGAUUGCGGCUUUUAUAAAGAGUUUUAUUGAGACAACAGUUUAAGAAAUGAUUAAAUAGUUUAAAUAAAUAAUCUGUCAUAUAUUGAUAACACAUUGAAAUGUUAUCCAAAUAUAUGCCAAAUAUAUGCAUGCAUUUUUACCAGCAAA